AAAAAUCAAUCAGUGUGCUAUCUCGUCUUUUUUCCACACUUGUGAUUAGUAUCUCCUCCUUUAUCCACAGUUGUGAUUAAAUAUAGUUUUGUGCAACUCUAAUAUGAGAAGUUAAAGGUAGAAAGUGAGACAAAAAGAGGAAAAUAAAAUUACUUUUAUUGAGUUCGUGCUCUCUGUUUGGUGCUCAAGAAUCAAGAAAGAUCCUAAUUAUUAAUUUUAGAAGAGAAUGUCAACAAUGGCUACUUGUAGUGGUUACCUCACAAAUUCUUUUUGUAAAAGGGCAAUACAUGAGAGUAUUUCAGCAUUCUUGAUAAUGUCAGCAAGAUCAUCGAAUCUCAAUUCCUCAAGCAAGGGGAAGAAACAAGUAUUUAGAGAAUUGCGAUAUGCCAUUCCACAAUCUGAGACUGAAUCAACAUGCAAAUCGAAUCUCCAUUGUGAUCGAUUGGAUGAAAAAGUGUUGGAUCAGGAAAAUCGACAUCAGUUCAUGGCACAUGAAGCAGUGCUUGAUGAAGAAUAUUGGAGAGCAGCAUGGCUGCGAGCUGAAUCUCACUGGGAAAAUCGCCAAAAUGAUCGAUUCGUCAAUAACUAUAAAAGGAAAUAUGCAGAGCAGGAGUUUAAUGCCUUGAAAAGAAGAUGCAAAUCACAAAUUGGGCAAAGAUGCACCUGCAUUGUUGCGGUACGGGCAGAAGAUAAAAUUAUCAGACAUACAGUACUUAACAGUGUCGUUGGGACACUAGAUUUAAUCAUCGGGCACUUGUCAAGUGGAGAGUCUUUUCCCGGGGGAAGGGUGAAUGCCCCUGAUUUGAGCAACAUUGAGAGAUCAUCCAUUAAUAGAUAUGGUUAUAUUGCAAAUUUAUGUGUUCUGAAAUCUUCUCGAAGGAAAGGUGUUGCAAGAAACAUGUUGAAUUUUGCUAUUAGAUUGGCUAAAGAAUAUGGUGCAGAAAAGGUGUUUGUGCAUGUACAUACAAACAAUGGACCUGCACAAAAGCUUUAUCAAAAUGUUGGCUUUCAGGUUGUGGAAGUGAAAAAUCAUAAACUCGCUGAAGAACAACCUCACUUGCUUUUCCUCAGAGCAUGAAACACAUUGAAUGCAAGUCAAAUUUUUUUCUAUUUUUUGGCUGAUAUAUUUGGAGCAUACCCCUUCACAUUCCAUUUUUUCCACGCGUAUAUAUAUAUAUAUAUAUAUAUAUAUAUAUAUAUGCAGUAAUGAAAACUUCAACUAUGAUUAAACAAAUAUCUGAUGUAUUCCUUUAUUCUUAUGAGAGACAGAAAAUAAGAGAGGAAAAAUUCAUUAACAA